CCGUGAUGCUGUUCGUAUCCUCCUCCUCCGGCGCCGCUUGUAGCAGAGAUUUCACCGCGUCCCGGGGUCCAAGGUGGCCGCUAUUGCAAACGGAGUUGCUCAAGGCCAAUCGCACAUUCGAGGGUAGUGCUCCACAUAUCGAGAGUUUCGAGUGGACCUCGCAUCCCUGUCGAGGUGGCAUGAACCUGCGUGAAAAGCUAGAGAUCAGAGCACCAGAACCGAAGGGAAGAGUUACUAUUGCACCCAGUCUCAAAGAACCCAUUAGCCCAAGCUCCGAUAACGGUUACUUUAAGGACAUAUUUAGACCCCGACAACACCCCUAUACUAUCAAAAGAUUUGGAUCAACAUUGAAACCGGUUUAUUGCCACAGAGCAAGAAUAACUGUCGUAACUAGAAGUGCCGACCUCUCCAUAAUGGCCGAACAAUCUACCACUACUGAUUUCCCGACAAUUUUUGAUCCAGCGACCUGUGUCCGUAAAGGAUUAUGCCCAGUAAUGGCCAUACAGGGGCAGCAAGAGACAGCGCUCCAAAGUCACUCUGUCUACUUUGAGCAACACGGCACCGGCGGUGAAAAAAUCGUCCUUAUUAUGGGACUAAACACUUCAUCUUUUGCCUGGGGCAAGCAGGUGCAGCAUUUCGCCAAGAACCAUUCCGUGCUCGUGCUUGAUAAUCGCGGAGUUGGAAAUAGUGAUAGUCCAAAAGGACCGUACACGUAUGUGCACCUCGAUCUGUUGGAUCAUACCCUUUAG